AUGUCGUACGCAUCCACCGCCAUCAAGCGGCUCAGCAACGAGUACCGCCACCUGCAAAAACAUGAGAACCGCGUCCGUGAGUUCUACGCCGCGCCGCUGGAGGCGAACAUUUUUGAAUGGCACUUCACGCUGCGUGGCCCAGGUGGGGAUGACAACUCGCUGCCGUACAAGGACGGCAUCUACCACGGUGCCCUCAUCUUCUCCCGCUCCUACCCGCUGGAGCCGCCAGACAUCCUCUUCUUCACCCGCAGCGGCCGCUUCGCCGUGCACGAGAAAAUUUGCUCAACAAUUAGCAGCUACCACAAGGAGCUGUGGCAGCCGACGUACGACAUCGCACUCACCUUGACGGCCCUGCACCAUUUCAUGGCCCAGGAGGACGAGUUCGGCGUUGGCGCCUUUCCAAAAGGGAUGGUGGCGGUCGACAUCAAAGAGGCGUGGGCCAAGGAGACGUGGUCGUUCAAGUGCAGCACAUGUGGGGCAACAACGAGGGACGUGUGGGAGACAGAGAUGAAGAUGUACCCAGAAAUCUCGCCAGAGAAAGCGGCCCAGGUGCCGAAGCUUCCACCCACAGCAACGACCAAAGCCGCAAGCGCCACUGCGAAUCCCGAGAACGCAAAAGUGCAGCAAGCCGCCCCCGAGUCAACACCGUCGUCCUCAUCGACCCUGUUGCCGUCUCUCGCUACCGCGGAUGCGACUGAAACAACCGCUCAAGCCGAGGGCACGCGAUCCUCGCCGCUCAUGGCACUAUCGGCACCAACGCCACCGCCACCAGACGCAACGGCCACUCCCCCUCCUGACGCUUUCGAUGCCCUCCAUGGCACUGGCACCUCCGCCUCCCGAAUCUCACCGCGAAGGGAUCCGCACGCCACCGCUCCCGCAGCAGCGACAGUGGAUGCCAAUGCACUCCAGUCAACCACACCACCCGUUCAUGACGCAUCGCACAUUCUCAGUCCAGCGGCGCACCAACACGAGGAGGAGAGAGACGCCUCAGCGGCCACGAAAGAGGCGAAAAACGAAGGCGAUGACGCGCUUGGCUACUUCACCGACGUGAGUCCUGCUCGAGUCGUGCGAGUGCCGAUGAUGACUGCAUCAUCACCGCCACCACCACCACCAGAGCCUGACCACCCCUAUGACACGCGUCUCGAGUCCCUAGUGCGCGAGGACCUCCAAGCUGAAGCGGACGCGACGUCACCGGUGACAGCCGGUGUGGCAAAUGAUGCUGUUGCGCCGCCGCAACUUGCGCAGCGCGUCGUCUUGGGCGUGGAUGCCAUGGAAGUGUCGAUACCACUACGCACUCUCGAUCGCGCUAUCGUCGCCAGCCUUCUCCUUGUUGUGCUGAUCCUGCUGCGUCGUGGUCUCUGCUGGUUGCUGAGGUAA